AAGGUGUUGGUUUGAACUCAAUACAAAGUAUCCUUUGGCCUCUAUAGCUAUCCAUAUAUCUCCUUUCCUAGGAUAAUAGCUUCAGUCACGGGAGAGAGCAGAUGUUCUUCUUACAUAAGAUAUGCACACAGAUUCUGUGUAUAUCUCUAGAUCCAUGUUAAAGAAGAGAUUGUGUAUAAAAUGGAUUUCUCGGAGUCUACCAAAAUCGUUGCCAAUAGAAUCCAGACACUGGACCCUGAGAAUGUCUCGAAGAUCAUCGGCUACCUCCUUUUACAAGAUCAUGGUGAAAAGGAAAUGCUACGGCUUGCGUUUGGCCCUGACACCCAGUUGCUAUCUUUGAUUAGCAAGGCGAAAGCUGAUCUUGGGUUGUCUUCGAAACUGCCGGUCUUGGCUCCAAUUCCUCGUGCUCUCAUCCAGCCAUCACCCCCCAUUUCUGAUAUCCCCCUACAAUUCACACCCUUCACUCCGGUGGUGUCUCGUCCGUUCUCUUCUCCCACAACCUUCCAGGCUGCUGCAGCCCAGUAUUGGGAGCCACAGCUUGUUUCCGUCGACCAGCAACAGGUUCACGCCCUCGAUUUCGUUCAUCCUGCUGCGUUUGCAGACUUGCUUGAAGAUGACUACCUCCUUCAUGAUCCAGCUCAGUUCUUGAGCAUGGAGGAUCAAAUUGAGCAUGUAAGCCCUGUCGGAGCUGAUUUCUUGGGUAACUAUUGCUACCCCGAAUCGACAUUGGAUUCUUUGAGUGCACGGAGUAGGAGAUCGCCGAGCCUUCCUGAAUUCCCCAUCAAAGCUUGCCAUUACUUCAAGAAAGGCUACUGUAAGCAUGGAACAAACUGUAGGUACUUACAUGGACUAGACCUUCCGGAUAGCUUCUCUCAAAUCUUUAUUCCGAGUUCGAAUGAUUUGGUUGACAAAGACCAUGUUUUCCCGCCCGUGUCGCUCGAGAAACUGGAAUUGGAGAUUAUGGAGCUCUUGAAAUCAAGGAAAGGGAUGCCUGUCUCGAUUGCCUCUCUGCCGAUGAUGUACUAUGAGAAGUACGGGAAGACUCUACAAGCUGAGGGGUAUCUCACGGAGAGCCAGAGACAUGGGAAGGCAGGUUACAGCCUGACGAAGUUGCUCGCUCGAUUGAAUAACAGCAUUCGGCUCAUUGACAGACCACAUGGACAGCAUUCUGUAAUCUUAGCAGAAGAUGCUCCGAAAUAUAUGGAAUAUAGAAGUGAGAGGAGUGAUCUGGCGGCGGUAGUUGCUGGGUCUAGACAGAUUUAUCUGACUUUUCCUGCCGAAAGCACCUUCACUGAGGAUGAUGUCUCCAACUACUUCAUGAGCUUUGGGCCCGUUCAGGAUGUAAGGAUUCCCUGCCAGCAGAAACGGAUGUUUGGGUUUGUAACUUUCUUGUUUCCGGAGACUGUGAAGCUGAUUUUACAAAAGGGGAAUCCACAUUUCGUCUGUGAUUCUCGUGUUCUUGUUAAGCCUUACAAGGAAAAGUCGAGGCUCGUUGACAGAAAGUAUACAGGGAAAACCGACCCUCCAAUGUGCUGUCCUUCUCACUUUGUAGAUAUAGACGCGGAACUUCACUCAAUGCCGAGAGUCUGCCCCGGUUCUAGAUUACUUAGUACGCAGCUGAUUAAAGAGCAUGAACUGAUGUUAGAGUUUGAGACGAGGCGCCUUUCCGAGUUGCAGUUAGCACCCAAGCAACUGACUCAGCAGCCACUUCUAAGCUUUUCGAUGGAGGAAUCAAAAGUUACAGAAGCUUGUGCAGAUGACAACGAGUUCAAUUAUCUGCUUGAUGUUUCGAGCAACGGUUCUACAAGCGAUGACAAAGCAAGGCACACAAACAGCAGUUGCAAUGACCAAGACAGCAGCCAAGGAAUCAAUCUCCCUGAAAGCCCAUUCGCAUCAUCUGCAAUAGUAAACAGCAUUUCCAGAGUCUUAUACUAAUCCCUAACACAGUAAAAAUCACAGAGGUAGAAUCUUUCAUUCAGUUCAUUCCUUCGCUUCAAUACAACACCUUUUUCAAAUUCCCCAGCUCGUCUUGAAUCAACCGAGCUCUAACCCAAACAGCCCAAGAGGUUGCAAAGAAGGAAAGAAGAAGAUACAUGUUAGAAAUCCCAUACCAUGAUUGUAAUCACAGAAGCAGGUGAGAAAUGUCUUUUGAGUCUCUUUAGAAGAGAAUGAGAAUCUGUAAUAUAUUGUUUGCCUUAGUGGGAUGGGAAAAAUGAAAACUACAGAUAUGCAAAUGAUUCAGAAAAACUUGUUGAAUCUUUGUGACAUUGAGAAAUAUAUGAAACAACCAUUUUACACAAA